AUGGAAACAUCUGCCCCACGUGCCGAGCUGGCGGCGACAGCGAUGCGCCACUCCGGGUCCUCCCGCUCCGAUCCUCUGCCGGCGUCCUCGCGAGACGAGCUCGCUGAAAUGGCCGCGUCCAGUCAAGGAAACUUUGAGGGGAAUUUUAACUCUCUGAACCUUACAGAAUUUGAUAAAAAGCAGCCAUGGUGGCGCAGGCUGUUUGGGCAGGAAUCUGCACCAUCGGCUGAGAAGUACAGCGUGGCAACCCAGCUGUUAAUCGGAGGUGUCACUGGAUGGUGCACGGGUUUCAUAUUCCAGAAGGUUGGCAAGUUGGCUGCAACAGCCGUAGGAGGCGGAUUCUUUCUCCUUCAACUUGCGAACCAGACCGGCUACAUCAAAGUGGACUGGCAGCGAGUGGAGAAGGACAUGAAGCAAGCCAGAGAGCAGCUGAAGAUUCGUAGGAGCAACCAGAUACAUACCGAGGUCAAGAGCAAAGCCGAGGAGGUGGUGUCAUUCGUGAAGAAGAAUGUCCUAAUGACUGGGGGGUUUUUCGGAGGCUUUCUGCUCGGCAUGGCAUCCUAA